AAACUCCAAUGCUCGUUAAGUGAUCAUGCCAAGUCAGACCUAAACAAGGCUUCAAGUAUGCCCUUUACACACGUACGACAGUUUUAACAAAAGUGAACCAUGGAAAACUCGGACAGGCCUUUCCGGACCAGGCCAGGUGGCUGGGAAAGGGGAGCAUCAGCCUCUGACAAGGCAGACAACUGGAGGGACCAUGAACCGGGCCAAGGGCCAAACUACAGACAAGAGGGAGGUCAGCAGGGCAAGAAGAAUCAUGGUGGGCACUAUCGGGCAAGCCCUAAGAAGGGAGGACUGGGACCUCUAAGCUACUCCCCUGGUGGAUUUAGAGGUGGUCACAGCCCCUCACAGAAGGAUGAUGUGCGAUGGGAUGGGGCAGCAGGAGGGAGUAGUAGUCGAGAAGAUAACUGGAGAGAGCGCUCACAGCAGCAGCCCUGGAGGAGGAGUGUCCAGGCUGAGGGUCCAAGAGAGGACAGGGAGCACGGAAGGAGAGAUGACCCUGACAAGGAUAGUGCUCAGAAACCAGGCAAAAGAUGGCGAAACAGAAACAGGAAGAAGGAUUUUACUGAAGAGAACAGGGGCUUUGUGAAUGAAGAAAUUACACUAACAGCCAAAGAAAUCCACAGCUUACGACAAGCAGAGAAACGACUUAAAAAAGAUGAAAUCUUCUCCUUGAAGAGGAAGCCUCACAAUCACCCUGGUGCACAUUACACCUGCACUCUGUGUGAUGUUCUGCUGGAAUCUGUGUCUGACAGUUACAGGCACAUCAGAGACAAGCGGCACAAGAAAAGGGCUAAGGAGAAGCAAGAACAGGCGAUGUUGAAUGACAUUCAGCCUCCCGGCCCAGAGCAGAUCAGUGCAGUGAGUGCUGCACUAGAAGCCAUUGUCCUUGAAUAUGGGAUGACUGAUCAGGAUGUUGAGAAGCGAAAUUAUGUUGUCUCCCUCAUGCAAGACUUUUUCCUGUCUGUCCUGCCUGUAGAGAUCAGGCUCAGGUUAUAUGGAUCAUCUUGCACUAAGUUUGGAUUCAAGGAUUCUGAUGUCAACAUUGACGUUCAAUAUCCACUUCACAUGCAUCAGCCAGAUGUCUUGCUGUUGGUCAAGGAAAGCCUGUCUGUCAGCUCUGUCUUUGUUGACCUGGAAGCUGAUUUUCAUGCGAGGGUGCCCGUUGUCAUCUGCAAAGAGAAAAAGAGUGGCCUGAUCUGCAGAGUGAGCGCAGGGAAUGAAAACGCAUUCCAAACGACCUCCUAUCUUUCUGCUCUCGCUAGUCGGCAGCAUCUUCUCCUCCCACUGGUUCUGGGACUCAGACGCUGGGCCCAGAUCUGUGAGAUUGACCGUGCAGAGGAAGGUGGUCUUCCACCAUAUGUCUUCGCCCUUAUGGUCAUCUUCUUUUUACAGCAGCGCAAAGAGUCUCUCUUGCCUUCAUACCUGAACAAAGAGAUUAAGGUGUUUUCACUCAGCAGAUUGUCAGACUUCAAUCUCACACAUGUAGAGGAUGAAUAUCUACAUUUUUCUUACACCCCUUCGUCAAGAGAAUCAUCACAGGCAGCAGAGGGCGCCUGUAUAAAGGGAAAGGUUCCGCUGGUGUUUCACAUGCCUCAUCUACCUGAACCGGAAGUUGGGCUUCUCUGGGUUGAAAUGCUCCGCUUCUACUCUCUGCAGUUCCUCAUGGCUGACAAUGUAAUAAGUGUGCGAACAAAUGCAAUCCUUUCCCGAGAGAUCAAAGACUGGCCAAAGAAGCGGAUAGCUAUAGAGGACCCAUUUGCUGUGAAGAGAAAUGUGGCCCGCACAGUGAACAGCCAGCAAAUGUUUGAGUACAUUGUGCACUGCUUCAAAACCACAUACAAGUACUUUGCACUACCACUCAACACGCCAGCUGCCAACUGUAAGACAGGAGCACAGCAUGGACCAAGUCAAGGGGCAAAUGCAAAGGCUGUGAAUGAAGAUCUUGGUCAGCAACAAAACACACGUCAACCAAAAGCAUCAGAGAAUGGUCCAGAGGACUCUGACUGCAUUAUUGAGGAAGAGGAGGAAGUUGAAGACUACACUGAUUCGGACGAAGAGAGGGAGAAGGAAAAGGUGGAUCUGGGCAAAAGCAGCUUCUCUGAGGACGAGGAAGAAGAGCGUGAUGCCAGACAUCAUUUGGACAGCUUCACUACAGAGGAUGAGGAGAUCUUUCCAGUGGAUGGGCUUUCCGGAGAGGAGCUUUUGUCUGAUGAGGAGGGUCCAGAUUUGGACACUCCAGGUUCAGUGGAUGAGGAGGAAGAGGAGGAGGAGGAAGAAAUGGCGUUGCCAUCCGUCAGUCUAUCACAUUCACCUAAAGAAGAGGGCACAGAAAAUAAAAACCAAAAACAGAAAAGGCUGUCGUAUGCGUUCACCAGACAGGCUUUCACCAGAGGAAAGUCACACAUGGUCGUGUGCAGCUUGUGCAAGCGUGAUGGACAUCUCAAAAAAGAUUGCCCAGAAGACUUCAAGAAAGUGGAACUGGAUCCCCUGCCUCCACUAACACCAGAGUUUCUAAACAUCCUUAACAAAGUCUGUGAGCAGUGCUACAGUGACUUUGCCCCAGAUGAACUGGAAGUGGGUGUAAGAGAGCACAUCCUUCAAGACUUGGAGAACUUUGUGAGACGACAGUUCGCUGGAGCUAGGCUGCAACUAUUUGGAUCAUCCAAAAAUGGCUUUGGAUUCAGACAGAGUGACCUAGACAUCUGUAUGGUCUUGGAGGGCCAGGAGACCAUGGAUGAUAUUGACUGCAUCACCAUCAUUGAAAGCUUGGCAAGACUGCUAAAGAAACACUCAGGUCUGAAGAACAUCCUCCCCAUCACAACAGCAAAAGUGCCCAUUGUCAAGUUUUACCAUGUUCGCACUGGCCUGGAGGGAGACGUCAGCCUCUACAACACACUGGCCCUGCACAACACACACUUGCUAGCCUCAUAUGCUGCCAUUGACAGGAGAGUGAAGAUCCUCUGUUAUGUGAUGAAAGUGUUUGCCAAGGUGUGUGACAUUGGCGACGCCUCACGUGGCAGUCUGUCAUCCUAUGCUUACACGCUGAUGGUGCUGUUCUUCCUGCAGCAGAGAAACCCACCCGUUAUCCCUGUGCUGCAAGAGAUCUAUGAUGGAAAGAAGAAGCCAGAGGUGUUAAUUGAUGGCUGGAACGUGUACUUCCAUGAUGACUUAAAAACAUUACCCAGUCACUGGUCACAGUACGGGAAAAACACAGAGACGGUGGGGGAGCUGUGGCUUGGCCUGCUCCGUUUUUAUACGGAGGACUUUGACUUCAGAGAGCACGUUAUCUGUAUCCGUCAGCAUCACAGCCUCACCACCUUCAACAAGCAGUGGACGUCCAAAUACAUUGUCAUCGAAGAUCCAUUUGACCUGAACCAUAAUCUGGGUGCUGGUCUGUCCAGGAAAAUGACUAACUUCAUCAUGAAGGCAUUCAUCAAUGGCAGAACAGUGUUUGGCACACCUAUUAAAGUCUUUCCUCCCAUGUAUCCCAGUCAAAUGGAGUAUUUCUUUGAUCCUGAGGUUCUCACUGAGGGAGAAGUAGCCCCUAACGACCGCUGUUGUCGGAUCUGUGGCAAGAUUGGUCACUUCAUGAAAGAUUGCCCCAUGCGCAAGAAGUUCAGGCACAGAAGGGACUCUGAUAAAAGGCCAGAACACCUGAGAGACAAACUGGACACUGCAGAUGACAUGAAGGAUCACGGCAGACACAAGAGUGAGCACUGGAAGAAAAGAGAUGCACUGGAAAUGCGCUGCUGCUACCUGUGUGGAUCAAGUGACCACAUAAAGAAGGACUGUCCGCAGUACAGGAGCCCUGCAGGUAAUGUGAAGAUGGACAACUUUACCUGCUCCACCUCGCCCCACUUGAGGAAUUUGAGAGAGAAGGAAAAAUGGGGUUCACCACAACAAGAAGAGAGGAAGAGAAAGCAACAGGGUGUUGUAUUAGGUCCACAAGCAGGUAGUCUAGCCUGCCGAAAUGCAGGUCGCUCUGGUCACAGGAAGAGCCCAGUGGAAUGAGCAGUAGCUGUGGCCACACAGGCGACAAGGUCCUCCUCUUGUCCAGGCAGACAGAAAAUCCAGAGCCCCGUUAAAAGCCAAAGCCAGGACGCCUUGACUUGAAGCCAAAUAGGGCCUUUUUAUGCGUUUGUCCUUUUCUCCCCCUUACAUUGCUUCUCCUCAGAGGAGCUUUUUAAAGUUUUCAUUUUAACAAAACAAGCCAUUGUACGUGUACUGUAUGUCUUUGUUUACCUACACUGCCAGUCAAGUUUUUAUUUUCAUUCUGUUCAAAUUACCUAAAAUUAGAAAGUGUAAAUAACUGCUACCUGACUGAGAACAGGGUCAGUAUAAUAAGACGUCUUUUUCAGACAACAUACGAUGAUAUGGCACAUUGUCUGCUACUUACAAAUGAAUCGUCAAGAGCAAGGCAGUUUCAAAUGAAAACGCACUCAUCAGUUCACUUGUACUUUACUUUCUAAUUGUUAAGGUUUUUCUUUGCAUGAAUAAUGAUCCAACUAUGUAUUUUGCAUUUUGACAUAGACAUUUACAGUUAGGUUUCAAAAUGUUUGAAUGGCAGUGUAUCUUUGUAAUGACUUGCAGUCUUUUUCUUUUUAAUAGAAAUUCUUUUAAAAUCCAGUUUAAUUUGUCAUGUGCACUGAUAUCCACCAGUCUGUCUCCAUCACCUUUGAAAGCAGCUCUUAGUGCCGCAUGUCUCUGUGUUAGAAAGUAACCUUCAGGAUCAUGGUGUUAAGUAUUUUUUUUUAUUAUUAUUAUUAUUUUUGUUGUGAUCCAGCCCUAUUUUAUCAGGAACUACUUCCCCCUCAAUUACCUACAUGUGUGAAUGGACAGUAACAUCAUAGUAAAACUACUGUUGCUCAGAAAAACCUGUUCUGAAUGUGUCUCCACACACGCAAGGAAGUGUUUCUCUACAAUGCAAGGACUUACUCACUUGUGCUUACACUUGGUGUGUUUUUGUUUUUUUUUUAAGCUGAAUCAACUGCUCCAGCUGUUUGACAUUGCUGAAAAUGCUGUGUUCACUUCAGUGGAGAUAUAAAUGUAUUUAUUUGCCAUUAAGGCUUAAUUUUGUAAUUAUAGCGCCACCAAUUGGUAGCUGCCCUGUGAGGGCUCAUGCCCUCUUAAUAUGUCGCUGCUAGUUAAUGUUUUAAGAGCUGCUUUAUCAUCCAACUUUGAAUAUGGACUGUGUGGCUUUCUUGUUGCCCUAAUAUGGUUAAAUUUUAUUAAGAGAAAAUGUAUUGUAGGUGGUAUUGUAAUUAAAUGCCUCAUUUUAACAUAGCUUUGUUUAAAUGUCAGCCUUAUAGCAAUUCUUCAGUUCUGAAAAUAGGAGGGUUAAUGUUAAGAACCACAGUCCUGCCAGGAAAGUUUGAAUAUGGCUUACAAUCCAUUUUGUGCCCCCAAACACUCAUUAAACUGAAAUCCAGUCCUAAUGUGAAA